UUAGAAAUCCUUAGGUCACUGGUUCGAAUCCGGUAGGUCGGAUUUUUUUUCUUUAGAAAUUAAAUUUUGGUUAUAGCUAUAGCCGUUAUAACACUUGAUUUCAUUCUUCAUAGAAUCAUUACUCAUUUCAAUUCAAUGGCUUUUCGCUCCUUCUUCCUCUCAUUUCCUUCCAAAAUCACAAACUCCAAAACCCUAAUAAACCCUAACCACAAGUUCACUCUCCAAUUUUCAACCUCUUUUUUAGUCACAAAAACCCCAAAAAAGCUCAAGAAAAAACACAAACCCAAAUCAAGCCCCCGAACCAACCCAAUCCAAACCCAACCAAAUCGCAUAAUCGAAUUCGAACGAAUCGUACAACGAGAUGUUCUCAUGAGAUUCGUAACAAGAUCAAAACAGUAUCUCUCCAAUCAACCGGAACACGUUCUUCAGCUUGACGACGCCGGGAAACUCCACCGCGAACUCGGUUUCCCGCGCGGCCGGAAAGUUUCCAGAUCCAUUCUGCAACAUCCGCUGCUCUUUCAAACCUACCGCCACACUAAUGGAAAAAUGUGGCUUGGAUUCACCGAUCUCAUGGAAGAACUCCUCGCGGAAGAACAUUCUGUUAUGGAAUCAAUGGAACUUGAUCGUGUUGAUAAGGUUCGUAAGCUUCUCAUGCUGUCAGCGAAUCACCGUAUUCCACUUAGUAAAAUUCAUCAUUGUAGAAACCUAUUUGGUAUACCUGAUAAUUUUCGUGACCGGGUUGUGAAAUACCCUAAUUAUUUCCGGGUGGCGGUAGAUAACAACAAUGACGGAAAGCAUGUUCUUGAGUUGGUUAAUUGGGACCCGCUUUUGGCUGUGAGUGCGCUCGAAAGAGAGUUUAUGGUUAAUGAAGAAGCUGCUAAGAGGAAAUUUCAUUUUCCGGUGAAGCAUGGGAAGGAUUUGGAUUUGGAAUUGGAUGAUAAGAGGAAGCUGAAUUUGUUAAACGUGCUUCCGUUGGUGUCUCCUUAUUCAGAUGGGUCGAAAUUGGAUGUGUGGACUUUGGAAGCUGAGAAAUAUAGGGUUGGAUUGAUUCAUGAGUUUUUGAAUUUGACAUUGGAGAAGAGAGCUUCUAUUCAUCACCUUGUUGAGUUUAAAGAGGAGUUUAGUUUGACUAAGCAUACUUAUCAUAUGCUGCUUAAGCAGCCAAGGGCGUUUUAUUUAGCUGGAACUGAGAUGAAUUGGGUUGUGUUUUUGAAAGAUGGUUAUGAUAGAAAUGGUGUUUUGAUUCAUAAGGAUCCUCAGGUGGUGUUCAAUGAGAAGCUUUAUAAGUAUGCUCAGAUACAGGAAACGGAACCUGGUUCUGAUGUUGGAUUGGAAAGUCAACCUAUCACUUGAAACUUUUUCAACAAUUGAAUCUGAACUACUUAAAAAGGGAUUUUAAAUUAAGAAAAGAAACAUCGAUGGGAGCACUUAGUGAAGUAACUUUGUUAUAUUGAGAUGAAAUACUUCAUUUUUUAUGGAAGUGAUGGGCUUAGCAGAUUCUCUUUGAUUCAAUGGUGAAAUUUAAGUUAGUGUCCUGAGAAGUGUAUAGAUGGCAAAGAUUUUAGGUUUCGCCAGCUUUACUAUUUUAUCAUCUAGUAAUGCCAUGGUUUCGGCUGUGAAGGUCCAACCGUGCAGGCUGUCAGAUUUGUUUACAGUAUUUUCGGACCACCUGAGUUCAUCCAUUAUUAAUCAAUUUUUCAUGGCUGGAAAAAAGGAGCUCUACUUGAAUUACUAUUAUUUUAUGAGAAGUUGUUAUAAGGGAUGUGCUAAGAUAUCUGGUCAAUUUCACUGAAUAUGUGAGUCAUAGUAUUUCUUGCAUCAACAGGAAGAGCAUACAAACCUCUUCAUUUGGAGUGAGUCCAAGUUAUGAUAU